GAAAAAUAUAACAAUUCUCAACUACAUUUUUAUAGUAUGGUAACAUUAAUCAGCUGAUUACAAAUAUUUACGCUGCCUGGCGUCACAACGUAAGACGAAAAGGGCGUAAAAAAAAUCAAACACUGUUGUUGAUUAUUUAAAUACUAUUAUUAGUGCUUUGUAAACGACAUAAGCACACCAGAAUGUUAGCACAAUAUAUGGAUGAGUUUGAGCAGGAGCCAUUUGAAGUGUCGGAAUUUAUUGAACGACUCACUUGGCGAAUUAAUAAUGAAGUUGGCAUCAGUGGCAAAAGUGCGGAUGAUUUCAAUCCUGUAGCACUUCAUGAAACUUUUAUACAAACUAUAAAAGAUAUGAAAAUUUUACAAGAAAAACAACAGGUGAAAUGCGAACGGCUAGAAGAGUCACUUCGGCAAGAACAAUUAACACACACAAAACAAAUAUGUAAACUGCAGGAACGUCAUCAAGUCGCAAUAGACUGGUUUGGUCAAUUAGACGAGAAAAUCAAUUCUGUAGCAGGUAAAAUCAUACACCUUGGUGAACAACUAGAAAAUGUGAAUACGCCUCGUAGUCGCACUGUAGAGGCUCAAAAACUUUUGAACCAUAUGUCUGAGUUUCUCAUUCCUGGGCCCAUACUCAACGAUAUAUUCUCCGAUCCUGCACGGCUUUUCGAAGCUGCAGAUGUGAUCCAAAAACUUUACGCAAUAUCACAAGAUUUGCCAAUAGAAAAGUUUGCCGAUUCGAAAAGGAAAAUCGAAAAAAUGUAUGAUGACGUAGAGCGCCGUCUUAUUGAAGAAUUUGCAACAGCACAAAAGUGUGAAGAUAUUGAAAAAAUGAAAAAGCUGGCGCAGAUUUUAUCUCAAUUCAAGGGCUAUACACAAUGCAUCGAUGCCUAUAUAGAACAAAGCCAAAUGACUCCCUAUGGCGGAAAAGAUAUAUUUAUAGGAAUAACGCCUAUGUGUAAACAUCAUUAUGAGAUAAUAAAAAAAGUAUUUGCCAAUCCAGCGCAAGUUAUGUCGAAGUUUAUUCUCAACAUUUACCAGUUAAAGCUAAAUCAGUAUGCUCUAACGAAAUUGGAUGAUAAAAAGGACGAGGAGAAAUAUUUACGAACACUUUAUGAAUUGUAUUCAAGAACGUUGAAGUUAUCUUUAGAUCUACAAAUUUAUAUGUCUACGAUAGACGACGAUCUACUGCAAAAGUUGACCCAACAAAUUUUCACAAAACAUUUGGCAAAUUAUGUGGAAGUGGAGUCAAGGUGCCUAACAACAAAAUGCUCAACUGAAUUGGAACGAUUUUAUGUCAAUAAAAAGCAUCAAAAAAAGCCAACAGAACGUUUUCAGGAACUAAGGCGUGAUAUGCAGGCAUUAAUAGGUACACGAGCUAAUAUCAAUAUAGCUCAGAUUGAAGACUAUGGCGGCGAGACAUUCCUUUGCGAGGAGUUAGCUAUAAAUAUGCUGCAGGAGGCCAAGGCUGCACUUAAACGUUGUCGUCUACUUUCCACCGCGAUCGAAUUACCCACCAACGUAAUUAAAUUAAAUGAUAUUUUAUUACGUUUCCUUAUGCAUGAACAUGUAGUGUAUGCACUCGAACUGGGUCUGCAGGCGAUACCGAUAGUAGAAGGUAAAACCUUUCCACAACUUUAUUUUUUCGAUGUGGUACAAAAAACCAAUAUAAUUGUGCAUUUGUUGGAAAAACUCUCGAAUAGCUCAGUUAUCCCUUGUAUUAUUAACACUCCAAAAUAUUCGGAUUUUAUGUUCAAAAGGCGUUUGUUAAUGGAGCAAAUUGAAAAAACGUUAGAUCAGGGGCUCGAACGAUCUAUCAAUGCUAUAAUCAGUUGGGUUAAAUUAUAUUUACAAAGCGAGCAAAAGAAAACUGAUUACAAGCCUGAAACGGAUAUGGACACAAUCUCAUCAGCGGCUUGUCUGCAAGUUGUUCAAAAUUUGCAACCCGCAUUAAAGCAGGCUAAACGCUGUGUUGAUGGUGAUAACUUGCAAAAUAUUUUACAUGAAGUUGGUGUGCGUUUUCAUCGUGUAAUUUUUGAUCAUUUACAAACUAUGCAGUAUAAUACAGCGGGUGCCAUGUGCGCCAUCUGUGAUGUAAAUGAAUAUCGCAAAUGUAUACGAGAAUUGGAAAAUCCGUUAGUUACACAACUAUUCGAUAUCCUACACGCAUUAUGCAACCUUUUACUUGUGAAACCGGAAAAUUUGCAAGAAGUUUGCACUGGAGAGACUUUGAACUACUUGGACAAAUCAGUUGUGCGACAAUUUAUUCAGCUACGCGCCGAUUUUAGAUUUAUUAAGAACACCAAUUAUCUUAAGGGCAUUAUGGAAUGAGUCGUCAGUAUGUACUAUUAUGUAUUAUCUACAAGCACUGUAAUCAAAAUAUUUAUAGCAAUAACAAAAUAUAUUAAAAUAAAAAUUAAUAUCAUAUAAUCAACGUUGGAAUUGGUAAGUUAUUUAAAAUUAUUUUUAUUUACAUUUACGUCGCUCCAUUAACAAAAGAAGAAUGAAUUAAUUGCAUUAGUGUUAGAAAGGAAGAAAAAAUUACGAAACGUUUAAUCAAAUGAAGUCGUUAGAAAUUCCGCUACCGUAUCAGGUGCUACCCUCUGCCUAAUCAGAUUACUUUCGCCAGUUAUAUAUUGAACGCAAUACAAGCAUUAUACGUUUUGUUAAGUAAAAACUAGACGCUUCUUCAUCGACAACAAAUUAUUGACAUCGGUACCGACAAGCAAUUGGAAAUGCGCGUCCAAUUCUUUUACUUAAAAUUAAUAUAUCUAAGUAAUAUAUUUUGGCUGACAUUUACAGAUAGAAGAUCAAUAGAUGUUCAAAAUGCACCAAAAGAAGUUUUUAGAAAAUUAUUAAGCUUGCGUACUCUACCCUUUGAAGACUGCGGAUCUCGAUAUGAUAUACUGUAUGUUAGUGUUUCAAGCUGUUCUGCUAUACCUUGCCAAAUGGCUCGUGGUUCAACUAUGACGGUAAAAGUUAUUUUUGAUGACAACGGGGAAAAUACUUUGUAUUUAAGGCAUAACGUCCGUUGGAUCUUUAAUGCUAUUAAAACAAACGCCGUCAUUACUCCAGAUCCUUGUGAAGAUAAAAAAAGCUGUUUGCUUCAUGAAAGCGAUGGAAAAUCCUACCUUGCUGAGGUUUUUGUCAGCAGUACUCUGCCCAAUAUACGCGGCACAAUGAUGUGGGUAGCAGAAAGUGCUUACAAUGCUGGAGUUAUUUGUUUUAGAAUUCCAAUUCUUGUAACCACAACCAAAAAAUAAUGUUUCAUGUAAUAAAUUUACAUGUUCAUACAUAUGUAUGCGUUAUAUGUAUAACAAUAUAUGUACUUUGAGUAAAAAAUUUGUACUUUAAGAAUUGUGUGUAUGCACAAGUUUAUA